AUGGGCGGCCUAGGUGUGCCAUCACUCUCUGGGCUUUCACAAGCCGGUACAUCAAAGGCCAAUCUUCUUCUGCCACGUGGCGAGGCUCGAGCAACAUGGAAUCUAGCCCCAUGGGUUGGAGAGGGGGGAGGACGGGGCGAAUGGAGGGCGCCAGGGGGGGGAGAAACGGUGGGAGCAGAGGAGGUGGAAAAGGGAGCGCCAAGAGGGGGAGAAAAGGGAGCGCCAGGUGGGGGAGAAAGGGGCGCGCCAGGUGGGGGAGAAAGGGGCGCGCCAGGUGGGGGAGAAAGGGGCGCGCCAGGUGGGGGAGAAAGGGGCGCGCCAGGUGAGGGCGCGCCAGGUGAGGGCGCGCCAGAGGAGGAGGAAGAGGAGGAGGAAGAGGAGGAGGAAGAGGAGAAGGAAGAGGAGGAGGAAGAGGAGGAGGAAGAGGAGGAGGAAGAGGAGGAAGAGGAGGAAGAGGAGGAGGAAGAGGAGGAGGAAGCGGAGGAGGAAGAGGAGGAGGAAGAGGAGGAGGAAGAGGAGGACGAAGAGGAGGAGGAAGAGGAGGAAGAGGAGAAGGAAGAGGAGGAGGAAGAUGAGGAGGAAGAGGAGGAAGAGGAGAAGGAAGAGGAGGAGGAAGAGGAGGAGGAAGAGGAGGAAGAGGAGGAAGAGGAAGAGGAAGAGGAGGAGGACGAGGAGGAGGAAGAGGAGGAGGAAGAGGAGAAGGAAGAGGAGGAGGAAGAGGAGGAGGAAGAGGAGGCGUCGGAACGGCAGAAUGAGCGGUGUGCUGUUGCUGUUGCUGGUGUAGCAGCAGCUGCUGCUGCUGCUGCUGCUGCUGCUGCUGCUGCUGCUGCUGCUGCUGCUGCUGCUGCUGCUGCUGCUGCUGCUGCUGCUGCUGCUGCUGCUGCUGCUGCUGCUGCUGCUGCUGCUGCUGCUGCUGCUGCUGCUGCUGCUGCUGCUGCUGCUGCUGCUGCUGCUGCUGCUGCUGCUGCUGCUGCUGCUGCUGCUGCUGCUGCUGCUGCUGCUGCUGCUGCUGCUGCUGCUGCUGCUGCUGUAGCUUGCCAAGCAGUGGUGAACGAAAGCCUUUUGUGGAUUGAAUCAUCCCCAGCUUCCUCUCUUAAAUCAUGCCCUUCUGUGAACUCCAUCAUCCUUCGUUUCCUCUGCCCCUGCGUUCCUCCUCCCUUCCGCCGCUUCUUCCUUCCCCUCCUCUCCUCCGUCCUCCUUCCUUUCUUUCCUCCCGACUACCGCCCAUCCAUCCUUCGCUCCCCCACUCCCUCCACCUCUCUCCUCUCCCUUCGUCUGCCAGGCGUCCCUGCCCUGCCUGUCCUUCCUGUCCUCCUUGACCCAUUUCUCCUUGCUCUUCUUUCCCACCUUCGCCCUCAACGGACUCUUCGGUUCUCUCACCUCAUCAUUCUUCCCUUCCCUCGUCCCGUCCCUCUUCCCUUCCCUCCUCCCUUCCCUACUCCCUUCCCUACUCCUUUCCCUCCUUCCCUCCCUCCUCUCUUCCCUACUCCCCUCCCUCCUCUCUUCCCUACUGCCCUCCCUACUCCCUUCCCUUCUCCCCCUACUCCCUUCCAUCCUUCCUUCCCUCCUCCAUUCGGACAAAAGAUCGCCAGAAGCCUCCCUUCAAAUCAAUCUUAUCCCCGCUCGCUUGCCAAGCUCGCGCGGAUUGGCUGCGCGGGGUGGUUUUGCGCGCGCCGCCGUACGCCGUGCGCGGAAGGGCUGCGUGUGGUGGUUUAG